AUGCUCUCAAAAUUUAUUUCUCAUCGUCUGUCAUACUUGGCUGGUUCAUAUCGUCAAUUUUCAUUUUCAUCGUUGUUAAAUAAAGAACAACAAGGACAACAAAAAAAUGCCAGUGACAUUAAUCAACAACCAUCACAUGAGAGUACAAAAACACAAGAUCUGGAUGCGUCACUUCAAUGGGGUACAAAAGACAAAAAAGAACGUGAGGAAUUAUCAAAAGAAGAACAAGGCUUGAACAAAGAAACACAUCGUGUUGAACGACUAGAUCCAAAGGAGAGAGUACUUGAAUUUGCACCCUCACCCGAUCAACAAAAAGGCAAUAAAAAAUAA